UUGGAAGAUAGUUGGUGGGAAGAGAAAAGGCCUGCUCACCCGUUCCGCACAGCCGGUUUCUUCUCUUUCUUCUUCUUCUUCUUCUUCUCGGAAAAAGUAAAAACGGUGCAAUCCACGCGUUCAAAUAACACUCGUCCCCCAAAUCCCCUUUGAAAUGCAUUGGAAGCUUCCCUUCCGACAGAAAGUCUAGAAUUCAACAAAUUCCCAUUUCAGAUUUCUCUUCCUUCUCUCUCUCUCUCUCUUCCAACUUACCUUUGAAAAACCGACGGAACAACAGUUUGCUUUGUGGCUUUUGUCUUUCUUCUAAUGCCGUUUGAUGUCUAGGACUCUAGAAGACUAGAACCCCACGUCUUCGUUUUCGCCUUCUCUCUCCUAUUAUAAAUGUGUAGCUCCCUCGGAACUUUGAAGAAGAAUAAUACCCCGGGCUUUUUCAGGAAGUCAUGGUAUUUUUCUCAACUCAGGAUCAUCAACCCCAAAAACCGGAUUCGUUGCUGACCAAUGGAAUCUGAUCGGAGCAACAAUCCGGUUCACUCUCGGUUAUUUCUCUCAGGUUUCUACUGCUGGGGCUGGGAGUUCUUGACCGCUAUCCUGCUUUUCAGUUGCUGAAAAAUUCACAAUUAAUCCCUGUAGUAGGAAACCGAUCGGAUCGUUCUCGUUUUCAUUUUAUUCAUCCUUUCCAGAUUUCCGUCUCUUCUUUUUUUUUUCUGUUUUCUUUUUGUCUCGGGUUUAAGGGAGGUCAUUUCAAAAGUAGGUCGGUAAGGGGAAAAAUCCGGAGGACAAAAUGGCUCAGAGGUCAGUUCCGGCGCCGUUCCUGACGAAGACGUAUCAAUUGGUGGAUGAUCCAGGCACGGACGAUGUGAUAUCGUGGGGUGAAAGCGGCACCACUUUUGUGGUGUGGAAGACUGCAGAUUUCGCCAGGGAUUUGCUGCCUAACUAUUUCAAACACAACAAUUUCUCCAGCUUCGUCCGCCAGCUUAACACAUAUGGCUUUCGAAAGAUCGUGCCGGACAAAUGGGAGUUUUCGAACGAGAACUUCAAGCGAGGGCAAAAAGAUCUACUCUCGCAUAUUCGGCGUCGUAAAACGGUGAAUUCAGCACCAGCACAGGUUCCAGUCGUAGGCAAAUCUACUGGUGGCGGUCCCUCUUCGACCUCCAACUCUGGCGAGGACCUGGGGUCAACUUCUACCUAUUCUCCGGAUUCAAAGGAUCCGGAGUCGGUGGAGACGAUUCAGGUGACUGAUUUAUCAGGUGAAAACGAGAAAUUGAAGAAGGACAACGAGAUACUAAGCUCGGAGCUGGCACAAAUGAAGCAGCAAUGCGACGAAUUGGUGGCGUUUCUGACUGGGUAUCUAAAGGUGGGGACCGAUCAGGUCAAUCGCAUAAUGCGGCAAGGAAGCUGUGGUUUCGGCCGCAAUGGAUUGUUCGGUGAGGCCAACGGGGUUGAUUCCGACAAAGAUGAUGACGAAAAAAACAACGGGACUGAAGAAACAGGGGACAGUCUGAAACUAUUUGGUGUUUGGUUGAAUGGAGAUGGGAAGAAAAGGGAGCGCGAUGAGAAAAUGGGAUUUAGUGCGCCCCAACCAAAGGAAAUGAAGGUUUGUAAUUGACAAACCAUAGUGUGACACGUUAGCAGAAAAGACCACGUGGGAGGGUGCGUUGGAUAAGGUCUGGUGCACCUCGUUUAUUUUAAAAAGUUAAAAGGACUAUCCCAGGGUUUAAUUUCUAAUCAAUUAGGUUUUAUUGAAGUGAUAAUGUAUGAUGGUUAAGUAGCUGUCCCGGAAAGUGGAAAUACAAUAAAAAUGAUUUUUUACGUUAUUUAAAUUAGAUAUAAAAAAUAUAAAAUAGUUAUAAAAAUAAUUUUGAUAAUUAUUUUAUAUUUUUUUCAUCUAAUUUAAAUGACGUAAAAAACUUUUUUUUAUACUGUAGAGAUCAAAUUAAAAUAAUAGAUUUCCACCUUCCUUUACUGUUAUAGUUUAUAUACCCACGCACACUUUGCGUGAAAUUUGCAGCUUAAUCACUAGGAAGUUGACAUUGUAAUCGUAAGGUUUGCACAUUGGAACAUUUCUAGAUCUGUACCAUCAUUAAGUCAUGUACUUUUCUUCUCAGUUAUAUGUGAUUAUAAUCUUAUUGCA